GAUCGCUGCGCUGUCGGAGCUGUCCACUGUGCCGUGGUGCUGAACUCGACAUCCCGAUCCUCUUCUUCGUCCUGCUCUGUUGACUCUGCUGUGCAUUGGUAAUAUUUUGGGAAAGGAGUAACAACCUGGCUGCUGGCUGCUUAAAGGUGCAAACUUCUCUAGAGGACCUCUCUUUAUACACAUCGGAAAUUACAUUGUGCGCCAGCCGUGGAUUUGACCGGAGCUAGAGAUUAUCUUUAAUAAUAGUUUGUUGAGAAGUCUUGCUUCCUUCCGUUCACCACUAAUCUCGAUUGGAUUAUCUCCCUGGAUGGUUUACGUCUGGACACACAGGAAAAGACCAAUGAAGACAGCCAGAUGGUGGUCAGUGGCAAUUUUACUGUUGGGGCUCGCUGUGCUCGGUGCCGAUGGGAGACCCAACAAGGAGGGAUUCAGGCCGCCACCCUAUCGACCAGUCGUGAGAUUCCGACACAAGGAUGGGAUUCCCGAGAGCUUGAGGAUAAAGGGUUUUAUGGGACACAAUGGCUAUCCAGGUCCAUGUGAACACAAGUACUGUGGCUUGGGGCGUCACUGUGUAGUUAACCAUGAGACAGGCCAAGGGGAGUGUAAGUGCUUGGAUCACUGUAAACCGCAUUAUAAACCUGUGUGCGGUUCAGAUGGGAAGCUGUACCAGAACCAUUGUGAACUCCACCGGGCCUCUUGUCUCAGAGGACACAGGAUUACCAUCAUGCACAGUGAAGAGUGCUUCUAUAAAGACGAUAACUGCAGACUGAGCGACUACCGUCGGCUUAAAACCAAGAUUCUGGAUUUGCAUGACAAACGAUACGUGGGGUCUAACAUCCAUGGGGCCCACACGGACCGCAUGGCUGCCAGGAAGCAACUGGUUGAUAUGAUGUUCAAACGCUUUGAUGCAGAUAACAAUGGUCAAAUAGAUGCCAGCGAACUCUCACAGGUCAUCAAGCAAGAAGGUCUGUCCAAGGAUGUCUCAGAGUGCACAUUGUUUGACCUGCUGAAGUACAACGACGUGAAUGAUGAUGAACACCUGACAAAAGAAGAGUUUUACACAGCUUUUGAUGUGUACCUACUCACCCUUCCGGAUGACCAGAAAGUGAGCGUCACCACCGUAACAGUGGGCCAGAGUGCCGUAAUGACUUGUGCCAUCACAGGGGAGCGGAGGCCUCCUAUAUUAUGGAAGAGAAACAAUCAAUAUCUGAACUCCUUGAACCUGGAAGACAUCAACAUCCCGUCCCAGGACUUUGGGGAUGAUGGCUCACUGUACAUCACCAAGGUGACCACGACUCACAUGGGCAACUAUACCUGUCAUGCUGAAGGCUACGAGAAACUUUUUCAGACGCACACUCUUCAAGUGAAUGUUCCUCCUGUUAUCCGAGUGUACCCAGAGAGCCAAGCCAGGGAGCCGGGAGUUACUGCCAGCCUUCGCUGCCACGCUGAGGGCAUUCCCAGUCCCCAGCUGGCCUGGCUGAAGAACGGCAUGGACAUCACAACCAAGCUGUCCAAACAGCUCACCCUGCAAGCUAAUGGAAGCGAGGUGCACAUCAGCAAUGUGCACUUUGAGGACACCGGCGCUUAUACCUGCAUCGCCAAAAAUGAGGCUGGGGUAGAUGAGGACAUCUCUUCACUAUUUGUGGAGGACUCUGCACGCAAAACCUUGGCAAACAUUUUGUGGCGAGAAGAAGGUCUUGGCAUUGGUAACAUGUUCUAUGUGUUCUAUGAAGAUGGGAUCAAAGUUAUUCAGCCAGUAGCAUGUGAGAUACAACGCCACAUUAAGCCCAGUGAGAAGCUGCUAGCACUGCAGGAGGAGGUGUGCCCCACCUCACCAGGAGAGGAGGUUCAGAGGUGUGUGUGGUCAUCAGCGGUCAACAUCAAGGACAAGUUUAUUUAUGUGACACAGCCAACCUUGGAUCGAGUGCUCAUAGUUGACAUCCAGUCUCAGAAGGCUGUCCAGACAGUCAGCACUGACCCUUAUCCAGUGCAGCUUCACUAUGACAGAUCUCACGACCAAGUGUGGCUGCUCAGCUGGGGAGACAUGGAGAAGAACUUCCCUACUCUCCAGGUGAUCAAUCAAGCCAGUGGAAGAGUCUCCCACCACACCGUUCACACACAGCCGGUCGGCAAACGCUUCGACAGGGUGGACGACUUCUUCAUUCCCGCCUCCAGCCUCAUCAUUAACCACAUCAGAUUUGGCCUCAUCCUUCAUCGAAAUGAGCCUGUUCUCCACAAGAUCGACCUGGAGACGACGUCGUAUGUGAAAAACAUCAGCUUACGGGAGUAUAACUGCAUCCCCAAGUCUGUAGCGUACACCCAUCUUGGUGGCUACUACUUUGUCAACUGCAAGCCGGACUCCACCGGCGCCACUCAGCCCCAGCUCAUCUUAGACAGUGUAACAGAUAGUGUGAUCGGCCAAAACAGUGACGUCACCGGCACACCCUACGUGUCUCCAGAUGGCCACUACUUGGUCACUGUUGAUGAUGGCGACGGCCUCAUGAGGAUCCAGAAGAUCUCAGAGCGGGGAGAGAUCCAGGAGCCCUUUGACAUACACACCAACCUUCACCUGUCUGAUCUCGCCUUCCAGCGCUCCUUCACAGAAGUUCACCAAUACAACGUGUUCGGCAGCUCCGGCCGUCAAACUGAUGCUCUGUUUGUGGAGCUGAGCACCGGCAAAGUCAAGAUGAUCAAGAGCUUGAAAGAGGCCACCAAGUCAGUCGAGUGGCCGUGGAGCAGUAUGAACAGGGUAAUGGCAGGCAGCGGAUUGUUCGGACAGUACCUCAUGACCCCGUCCAGAGAGUCCCUCUUCAUCCUGGACGGGCGCCUCAACAAGCUCAACUGUGAGAUCACUGAUGUCCUCAAAGGCAAUGUGGUGAUGUGGGUUGGGGAAUCUUAGGUCAUAACAUGAAGACCCAAUGAGCUUGCUUUUUCUCAAAGGUACUAUUGCACUGAAUUCUGUUGCAGAUGUUUUAAUUUUGUGUGAAUACCACAGAUUCUGAAACCAAAUUGACCAAGUCCAUUGGAUGAGGGACUGUCAUCCAAAAAAAUUUAAAAAAUACAUGUGAGGGAUUAAUUGAUACUGUCUUAAAGCCAAGAUAAAACCAUUUUUUCCCACUGAGUGGUUCAUGUUUAUGUCAACAUAAAGUUGCUUGCUGGUAAUCUUUCAGGAAAAUUGGUAUGAAUCUGUAAAUUUGUGCAACUUUGCAUUAUUAUUCACAAUUGGUUGUAUUCAGUGUGUGGGAAUGCUGUAGAUAAUCUCUGAACAAAACUAAUAUUUAAGUGAAUUGGGAGAAAUAUUAUAUAUAUACAUAUAUACACACACACACACACACACACACUGUAUAUGUCCGAAUUAACUAUUUUAAUUUAAGUUAACCCAUCCAGAACUUUUUCCUGUGCCUUCAAGGAAAAUUCCCCUCCGUCAGAGGAAUUAGCGUAAUUAUUCCCAGUGAGACUGCAGACUACACCAUCUCCUCUGACUCCUCCAUUCGUGCUGAGUGUGGUUUCUCACAAAGUUACUGCUCUCGUCUAUCCGUCCGUCAACACAGGCGACUCAGUCUAAUUAAAACGAGCCCUUGCUGUGAUCCCAUCCUGUUUGAAGUGGAGACUGAGAGGUUCAUUAUGGUUGUGCGUUCUGUAACCUUUGAUCCAAAAUUAUAACCAGCGUUGGAAGGUUUUGAAUUAUAUACUUUUUUUCCCUUUUUAGUCCAAAGCAGAAAAAUGUUAGUCCAAUUGUACCAGCUUUACACACUUCACAUUGUGAAAUUUUAAGUAUUUAAAAGUUCCUUAGCAAUGAGUCAAUAGAGCACUCGCGUGUGAAGAAAAUCUUAUCAUAACGUCAAUAUCCCUGGACCAAAAAAAAAAAAGAAGCUAUUUAAUAGAAUAGUAUAAUAGAAUGAACUGUUGAAAACAUGCAUUGUUUGACAGCGUGUUUCAAGUGGAUGUUUUAAUGUGAAGUAAUGAUGAGCUAGCAUGCUGUGGAGUGGGGUAGUUGUAUUGUGUAGAGAGUCUUUGAGGAUAAGCUCUGAAUAUGAGAAGCAACUCUUUCUGAAUGCUCCUGCAGUAGAUACAUAGCUGGCGAGUCAAUGAAACAGUUUCCUAGCUGGACACAUUUCUAUGCAUUAUCACCCUGGCACUCUACGACUCUGUGAAUCACAAUGGGCAACUGUAUCUCAAAUUUAGUACGGACUUUUGAUGUGUACAGAUUAUAUAAAGUCAUUCUGUCUUUCCUGUUAAAUCUUACUCGUAUAUAUUUUGAUUUUAACUUUAUUUGAUCCUUUUCUUCCCCCCUCCACAUACUGCAUAUUGUUUUCGAACUUUUAAACCUGACUGUACUGCUGAUGAUGACCUCUGACCUUUCUAUUUCUGUUCUGUACAUAGCGGCUGACUGUGAAUCCACUCGUUUCCCAUUAAUGUACAGAUUCACGCAGGUUAUGUUCACUUUCUGAGCAAAUAAUCACACUCCUUUUUAAGAAUGAAAACAAACACACAGCUGUCAUUAUCACCAUCCUGUAUCCAAGCACAUUGUGAUCACAAACACCGCUUUCACCUCCAUAUAGCCAUGUCUUGUAUGUUUCUUCAUGUGAUUGUUAUUUAUAUAGAUAAAACACGCUUGUCAUUUUACCCAACAAUAAAAACUAGACCAUGAAAAACAA